AUGGCCUCGCCCCCGCUCCAGCCGUCGGCCGCGGUGCGUCUGCCGCCCGACCUGAUGCGCGAUCUGGAGGCUGAGGAUCCCGAGCUCCGGAGUGUGGCCCAAACGCACGCGGCUGUGCACCAGGAGGUGCUCAACCUGAUUCUGGCCUCCGGCAAGCUCGAGGGCGAGAUUGAGUCGCUCAAUGCCCAGCUGCUUGACGCCAAGGCCGACGCCCCGGCGUAUUCCGAGGCCUUGACCCGACUGCUCCUUUCACUGGAUCGCGCGGAUGCCGAGGACCUACGUAUCUCCGAUGUGGCGCCCGUCCAAGCUGGAGUUGCAAAGGGCUGA